GAGAUAGGAUCAUAGAGAUGUCUUUGGAGGGAGGUUCCUUGUGAAGUGGGAAGCAUCCUCCUCCAUAAUCGCUUGGGGGAUCUUCUUCCUUUGCGUCCCUGCCCGGAAAAUACUAUCCCCAGCCCUUGUCCUUCCCAACCUGUGGCAGAAUCCCCAGCCAGUGACCUCCUCUCCCCCCAUGGCAUGUUUUUUUCCCAUUGUUUUCCUGCCUCCCCCUCCCCUUCUCCCUUGCUCUCAUCCAGCGCGUCUGUAGACAGCAUCCUCGCACUGAGCAUGUGCGCUACAUCCCUUCCCUUCCUCCUCCUCGGGUACCACCUCGGCGACGAGGUGCAGUGAGCUCAGCAACGCCUUCCAGUCGAGCCCAGCAAAGGGCUGAGCCGGAGCCCUGCAGCCCCGGCUCGGAUGGAGUAAACAGGGGAGCCCCAUGCACACAGAUUGCCCGGACCGUAGCCAUGCACUCAGGCGUGGAGUUAAAGAGAGCCAUCUCUGCCAGCACGGAGACAGAGAAACCAAUGAGACGCUACGGGGCAGUGGAGGAGACUGAGUGGAAAGCCGAGGGGCUGGGGAGAAAUCAACUUGACAUCAUCUCAAUGGCUGAAACAACAAUGAUGCCUGAGGAAAUCGAAUUGGAGAUGGCAAAGAUCCAGAGGCUUCGGGAAGUCUUAGUCAGAAGAGAAUCAGAGCUCAGGUUUAUGAUGGAUGACAUCCAGCUGUGCAAGGACAUCAUGAACCUUAAACAGGAGCUGCAGAAUUUAGUAGCAAUUCCAGAAAAAGAAAAAACAAAAAUGCAGAAACAAAGAGAGGAUGAAUUGAUUCAGAAGAUCCAUAAACUGGUGCAAAAAAGAGAUUUUCUUGUAGAUGAUGCAGAAGUGGAGAGAUUAAGAGAACAAGAGGAAGACAAGGAGAUGGCUGAAUUCCUUCGGAUCAAGUUAAAACCCUUAGACAAAGUAACACGAUCUCCUGCCAGUACCCCAGCAGAAAAGAAGGCAGAACCUCCUCCAAGCAAGCCUACCGUUGCCAAAGCAGGAAUAGCUAUUAUUAAAGAUUGUUGUGGGGCCACGCAAUGCAACAUCAUGUAGCUCCAGUCUCUCUACCAAGUCUAUCUGUCUUUUUUUCAAAUGCUUUCAUUGGAUAAAACUGUAAGGUGAAGGGAUUUUAAAGCAUCCUGACAGUCGAAUCAAGAAAUACUGUAAACAUUACAGUAAUGUACUGAAUGUACCAAUGGUGAAUCCUUCACUUUUGCAUGGAUCACUCAAUGCGCAUGCUUAAAAUAAAGGAAUAUAUAUAGCAGCUGUCCAAUGACCAGAACAGAUAGGUAAAAAUAGCUGAAAAGACAAAUACAACUCUGGCAAAAGUGAAUUAGAAAAGUGUAUAUUUUACCAAAUAAUGUUUAAAAUAGCAGUUUUAAAAAUUCAGCACUUUGUAGGAUUUGUUAUACACCUUUUUCCCUUGGCAAAUUUCAUUCAAACACAUGCCACCGUCUGAAUAUAAAAAUGUCCUGUCUUGGCUAUUUUUCAAAAUGAAACCUUAGAGUAGUGAUACUGUAUAUAAGUGCAACCGAUAGAUGAAGCAAAUUUAGUACUACCAUUGUUGCACAAAAUAUUUAUUGAACUAGUACGACAUUUGACUACUUUGCUAUUUAGUUUCAUUUUCAAUUCUUCACAGGGAACAGAUAACAACAAAGAUCCUGCUCAUUGGCUUGUAUUUUAUUAUGGCAUUUCAGUGCCCCUGUGGUCAAAUGUCCUUUGUCACUUUUAAAUAACCCAAUUCAAAUAGAGAUUACCUGUCCAUUUGGAUAUUGGUUUCUGCUAAAUUCGUAGCAGGCACAACUAUAGUUUUUGGUGUAAAUUCAAACACUGCAUCAUUUAUUGGCUUGCAAGCCCUCCACCUUGCAGAGAUGCAAUAAUACUGAGAGUGCAGCCAACUAUUAAAACCACAACUAAAUGUACUAUGAGAUUAUGUAUCACAGGCUAAAUAGGUUGUUGUCCAGAAGGGGAGAAAAACAUGAAGGCAGCAGGAUCAUUUAAACUUAUGAAGCAGGGUGCUGAAAAGGGCGAUUACUCAGAUUCUUAAUGGUCAUGGGAAACAUUAGCUGUCAAGUAUUAUAAAAAGACAAUACAUCCCCAAAUUCUGUCUUCAAGAUUAAAAAUAAUAAACAUAAAAGGUGAAGUUUUCGGUACUAAAAAUAUAGCAGUACCUAAAAAAGUGGUUUUGAAACAAGGGAAAAACAAUUAGGUCUGAUACAUCUAUGUUUCACAUUUCAAUUGGUAUGCAGAUGAAACACAUGUAAAAUAUAGUUGUCCCUUUACUAGCUGUCGGUAAGAUGGUGCAUCUGUGUGACUAGUAUAUCAUAUGUUUCGGUGAAUGUUGUGAUGGGUGUAAGUAGUUAAAUGAAGAUGUUCUGAUGUGAAAACAUUGUGCUUUAAAAAAAAAAAAAAAGAUGGUGGAACGUGCCUAAAAGAAAAAAGUUUUUCAAGCUGAACAACCAUUUCUUAAUGCUGGAUAAG